UCCAAUAUUUCAAACACCUUAGUUUCCUCUCCAGCAUUUCUAGGCUUCUCCCAUCUUCUUGCCUUAUUCAUACACAUUCUCAAAUAAGAAAAGAAUUCGUCUUCCUGAAGUUAUUCUCAAAUCGAGUUCGAUAGAUGGAGGGUGUUAAGACAUGCUCCGAUCUUCCUCCAGGGUUUAGAUUUCACCCAACCGAUGAGGAACUGAUCACGUAUUACCUCAGAAACCAAGCAACCUCGAGGCCAUGCCCCGUUUCAAUUAUCCCCGAAGUCGACAUCUACAAAUUCGACCCCUGGCAAUUACCCGAGAAAGCAGAAUUCGGUGAGAAUGAGUGGUACUUCUUUAGCCCAAGAGAGCGAAAGUACCCAAAUGGGGUCCGUCCUAAUCGAGCAACCGUGUCGGGGUACUGGAAAGCCACGGGAACAGACAAGGCGAUCUACAGUGGGUCCAAAUACGUCGGGGUGAAAAAAGCCCUCGUCUUUUACGAGGGCCGCCCUCCCAAGGGCAUCAAGAGUGACUGGAUUAUGCACGAGUACCGCCUGACCGACCUGAAGAAGCAAAUCAGCAGACACACCGGAUCUAUGAGACUCGACGACUGGGUCCUGUGCAGGAUCUACAAGAAGAAGAACACAAGCAAGAACAAUUUGGCGGGAGAUGGUUCCAUGUGGGUUAAUAAAACAGUGCCAGGCAAUGAGGUGCAAAUGGGGAUGAGAGUACCCAUGUUUCCAAGAACAGGCUCACUGACCCAUCUGCUGGAGUUGGACUAUACCUGGGCCCCACUUUCGCAUCUUCUAUAUGAUGGCCAGGGCCAGUCAUAUAACCCAAACCUCGAUCAUCAGAACCCCAUGGGAAAUGGUGGAGACGAUGAUCAGAAAUUGCAGCUAAGUGAAGAUCAUCACAAUCGCAUGAAGCUUGAAGUGAACCAGUUCCCAGCUUUGUCCAAUAUUCCUGCCUAUGAAUUUCAGUCAAAUAUAUAUGGUAUAUAAUACAUAAUAGUUUAAUAUAAAUGUCACUAUGGGGGGGAUUAAUUGAAUAAUUAUUGAUUUAAACAUGGCAUAGAUGGGAGGAUGAAUUACUAUUGAUAUACAGCUAGCUACCCCAAUCUGUAUAGAUUAAAUUUUGAAAUUUCUUCUUUAGGUUUUGUUCAUAUAAUAUUCGUCUUGGUCCGGUCGGUGUGUUUAUGGUCAAUCUAAAUGAACCGUUCCAACUUGAUAUUAAAAA